AGACUUGACGCCUGCAGAGCACCAUGGCCGACGACGAGCAGAUGAAUGAGUACCGUGCAGUGUUUGCGGCCCAUGAGAAGGGCGGCGGCAUCCGGUAUGCCGACCUCGGGGCGGCACUGCGCGACCUGGGCCAGAACUACCCGCCGGCAGAGAUCAACAAGAUGGCGCAGCAGAUCGGACAGGGUGGGAUGAUCCGGUUCGACUCGUUCUGCCAGCUGAUGGCCUCGCGGGUGACGUCCAAGCCACCGUCGGCGGAGGACGUCAUCGCCUCGUUCAAGCUCUUCGACAAGGACGGCACCGGCUUUAUCCAGGUCAAGACCUUGACAGAGGCCAUGACGCGCUACGGCGACAAGUUUAACCGCGAGGAGAUGCAGUCGAUGGUCGAAGACGCGCAGCCCGACCCCAACGGAUGGGUCAACUACGAGGAGCUGGCCCGCAUGAUCUGCUCCGCCUAGCCGCCGCCACAUGCCUGCUCGAGUUCCGAGGUGCGGUCCCUGCUCAGGUACAUGGACUGGUUCCUAGCACGUCACCUCGUGCAAUUGCCGACAGUUCUCGGCUGUUGCUGGUCGGUGGUGUGAGGAUCAGAGCAAAUAACACAUGUCCCAGACUACCA